AUGACUACGAACGACGAAGAAAGUACCAAAAAAGAUACCAGGUCUGAGACACUUGUCGUUGGAGAACAGUUAAAUACCAGUGAGACUGAAGAAGAACAAAGCAAGUUUGAAAUCAAAAGAAAAGGUGCAGAUGUGACGUUGGAUCUCAUUUCACAUAGUGGUGAUACAAUUGAGCCACUUACUAAGGAAGGAGAGAAAAAAUUGAAAUGGAAGCUAUGGCUUACAGUGCUGCCACUCUGCUUCAUGGUGAAUGCCACAUUGUUUAUUGAUAAGGACUCGAUCAGCUAUUCGAGUUUGAUGGGACUUUGGGACGAUACUGGAAUGAACUCUGCGGACUACAAUAAUGUGUUAACCAUCUUUUAUGUAGGUUACAUUCUAGGGCAGAUUCCAUCGCAUUAUCUCUUUCAGCGUAUUCCAAUGUCAAAGUUCAUAGUUCUCACAACUGCACUGUGGUCUGUGCUAGGCUAUUGUAUGCUUGGAGUUAAAAGCUACAGUGGAGUUAUGGCUGUCCGAUUCUUUUUGGGUUUCACAGAAUCAGGUAUCACUCCAGCAGUGGAGCACACCUUGGCGAUGUUUUUCCCAUUAGAUGAGCAGGCGAUCAUAAACCCGAUCUUUUGGAUUUCAUGUCUUGGAAUUGACGUUCCAAUUGGAUUCAUUGCUUAUGGAUUACAAUUUGUCAAAAUCUGGAGACCCUGGAAAUGGUUCUGGUUGCUGGUGGGAAUUGUUUCCAACAUUGUUUGCGUGUUCAGCUACUUUUACUAUCCAGAUAACCCGGCCACAUCAAAGAUUUUCACUGUUGAAGAGCGGAUCCAUAUUAUUCAAAGAGUCAAGAAGAGCUCGAAAUCAUCAAUCGAACAGAAAACAUUCAAGAAAUAUCAGCUUAUCGAGACUCUUAAAGAUCCAAUUACAUGGCUCUUUGUAUUGUUUUGCUUUUUACAGAUGUUGGAGAAUUCUACUACUUACCAAGCAUCCAUAAUAUACACACAGUUAGGCUUCAACCAUCUCACAACCACUCUUCUUAUGGUCGUUCAAAACGGAUUUUCUACAGUCUGUGCCAUUGUGGGGGCUCUUCUUAUGUCUCGUUUUAGGAAGCAGUCCAUCUAUUUAGCCUGUGGCCUAAUGUCCAUCUGCUUUAUUGGAGCAAUUCUUGCCAUCACAAUCCCUUGGGAUAAUAAGCCAGGAAUUUUGGCUGGAAUUUUUAUGACCCGUCCGAACGGCACCGCCUACAUACUCGCCUUUUCUUUGGCACAGGCUACCGCUGCUGGUUACACCAAGAGAUUAACUAGAACAGCAUUAUUCAUGAUAUCUUACUCCAUCAGUAACAUUAUCUGUCCACAGAUGUGGAACAAGCGCUACCAGCCACGUUAUGUUGUUCCAUGGUUGAUGCAGAUCAUAUUCUCAUGGUUCACCGCUCCAAUUAUCUUGCUUAUUAUCAGAUACAUCCUUAACCGCCGGAAUAAGCAGAGGUUGGCAGCUAUUGCUAAUGGUGAGGUUCCUCAGUAUGGUUACGUUGAUGUUACCGAAGAAAAUGGAACUACACACAAAAAGGAGGUUGAAAUUUCGAUGCUCGAUCUUACUGACCUUGAGAACAAAAACUUUAUUUAUCCUUUGUAA